AUGCGCUUCCUUACCAGACUCCAUGCUAUUAGCGCUAUGGUGAUUGUAACCCUCUUCUACUUCGGAUGGAUACUACCGUCUCUACACAUCAAGACUCGCAUCCAAAAGGCGUGGAACGGCCACUCGCGUCAACUAGUGGUGUUUGGGGACGACUGGUCAGACAUUGGUGAAUACCGAAUUUCUCCACCGAAAGCUGCCUCUGUCCCGGUGCGAGAUGAAGACCGGGGUCAGCUAUGGACGGAAGUGUUGUGCAAAGAGCUGGUUUGCGACUACAUUGACAAUUUCGCCCGAUCGUCGAUACCCGGCGACAACAGCAGCAUGGGAUCCUUGGUUGACAAUGACAUUUAUGCCAACGCAACAUCAUCGAACGAGACAUCGCACAACCUCGUCCCCGAUUUCAAGACACAGGUGCAGCAAUGGAUCAAUUUCGAAAAGCAGAAGCGACUGAUGCCUUUACGCCAUGGAAAGGGGGAGUGGACUGUUUUCACUGUGCAGUUUGGCGUGUGGGAUCUGCUGAAGUAUGCCAGCCUCGGACGGAAACAGGCCACAUUCGCGAUAGACCGCAGCAUCGAAGAGCUCUUUCACAACCUCAACACCAUCGCAGAGCACAAGUCUGAACCUAUCAAGGUCGUCCUACCAGUCUUGUUCGACGUUACGUUUCUCCCUCGCUUCGCGAACCUGAGAAACGACCACUCAGCCGAAUUCGCGUUCGAUCAGCACUUCGCCGUCUUUCUUCUAGGCUACUGGAACGCUGUCUUGUCUCGGGCAGCGACUCAUUGGACUGGCGGUGAGAUUGUGAUGCCAGAUGUUAACCGGAUAUUGGUCAACGAGGUUCGUGCGAGACAACUCUACACAAUGGGCAUCACAGACGCUUCGGGAGCGGGGACACAAAAGCCGUUGUUCAAAGAGGUGGUGAUGCCUUGUCUGUCUGCGUCGGUACCGCAGGAUGAGGACCUGCAGGGAGCCAUGUCAAAUAGAUGCACUGAGCCGACAGGCCACCUCUUCUGGGAUGACAUGCACCUCGGCGGGACAGCUCAUACACUCAUCGGGAAAAAUGCCGCCGAACUAGUCAACAGUAAUGAUACCGUUAAUAUAGACGCCCUUGAGAAGGAAAAGAACUCCGAUAGUACGGCUUCGGUAUGGUCGGGUUUGAGAAAGCUGGGAAGAUCAGACUUCAGGUUGAAAAUGGGCACCGAUGCUCAUCGUAAGAAUCCCGGGAAUGGCGAGAAGGGCGCUACGAGUUCUCGUAGGCUAUCAAAGACAAUGUUGACCCGAUCAGCAUCAUCUCCGAGCCCUUCUCGACAUUCAAAGGGCACUCCGUCGCCGUCUCCCCAGACCUCGCCGGCUCGCAUUACACGGAAGAGGGCAGCAUCACUCCUCGAUACUGCGAACAGCAAGGCGAGACCGGAAGAGCAGCAGCACAGCCCUCCGAGUUCGAGGGAGAGCAACGGGCAGGUACGUGGAGAGUUUGCAGGACAUGUUUGCCUUUGCCAGCCUGAACCAAAGAUUCCCCGCCCCAGGAACGCAUUUAUUCUUUAUCGUCAGCAUCACCAACAAACUGUCGUGGCUCGUCACCCUGGACUUGCAAACCCAGAAAUUUCGAAGGUCAUCGGCGAGCAGUGGCAAUCUGAGCCCGACUCGGUGAAGGGCGAGUGGAAAGCCCUUGCAGAUGAAGAGAAAAGCCGGCACCAGGCACUCUACCCUGACUAUCGAUACUCGCCUCGUCGAAACGGGAAGCCGGGUGCUCUUCCAGAGAACCCAUCUGGGCAGCACACGACUGUCGACAAAUACAGGUGUCCGCGGUGUGGUGGGCGGAGUAUCCGAACUCCUACCAGCCCAUUUCCGACUCCACAGCCGACGCCGCUGCUGCCUCCUCCAAAGCAGUCCCCCAACUCCACUUCAACAACCCGCUUCCUCCCGAUGAUGAACAAUUUGAGUCUGGAAUCUCCUCAAGCACGCCGCGCCAGACCAGGACCAUCGAAUUUGAGUAGCAUUCAAGUGUCUGCUAGUCCAGGGGACACUACCAUGUACAGUCCGCUUUCGCCGGACUCCAAACGCCGUCGCUAUAAUAUCAGUGGAUACGCUCCUCCAAGUGCUCGACGUGUGGAGAGUGCUCCGUACUAUACCUCUCACACGAGACGUGACUCGCUCCCUCCAAUACGACAAUCUCCUCCAAACACAGCCAUCAUGCCACCGCCACGCACUCCUCGCCGAGCUUCUGUGGACAUGACUCUCAACAAUCUCCCUGCCGUAGGUCAUGACCAGAGUCGAAGCGUAGAGGCCAUGGUGAUGAGUGUGCCGUAUCCGGUGAAAAUCAAAGUACUCGGGAAAAUCACACCGCCGCUUAAAACGCCUGGGCUUACCAGCCCGGCCAACGCAGUCCGUGGCGCCAUUAUCAGCGUCGAAGGUGACGACCUCGAGGCUGUGAAAGAGCUCUGCCUUUGGCUCGAAGAGUUUCUAAAGAAAGACGAGUUCCAAGUGCAGCCCAAGAUGUUCGAUCCGCCCAAGUUGCCAGACGACGAAAAGAAGGAGGUCACGUUCGCGGACUAUCUCGAUAUCAUAAAAGAGUGGCACGGGAAGAGCAAGGAGAUGGUUGAGUAUAUCACUACUCCGGUAGCUUCGGAUGACACGCCUGAGUCGAGCUCAAAAGGCGACACGAACGACAAAGAAAUGGAGGAUGCGGAUAAGCCGAAGGGGAAGGAGGAGAAAGCGGAAACAGCGGCAAAGGCAGAAGUCAAACCUGUCAUCAUCCUCCCGACGUACCAGCUACAUGCUUCGAACGUCUACACAUCGCGCAUUCCGAUUGCUGAUGCGUACUCGCCAACGGACCAUUGGCAAUGGAUGGCGACGCUCUGGCGAGGAACGGUCGGGCCGGAUCUCACCAUCUACAUCCGCGAUGCGAAAUUCGAGGAGCUGCAGAAGGAGAAGAUGGUAGAUCUGGUCGACGAGAUAAGAUGUUUGACUGUAAGAAAGGAAAAGGGAUCGAGCAAGGUGGAGGACUCGGCACUGCGGCGAAUUGGGUUCGAGGUGGGAGAGUGGAUCAGAACGGUAGGACAGGAGAAGAGCGGACAUUAG